UCUUCCUGGCUCCAGCCUGGGUGCUCUGUGCACUGUAGCGCCACCUAACUGCCACACAACAACAGGGACAGUGUAGAUAGAUUUAAUAUUCUGUGGGGGGGUAGUAGAGUUAACUAAAACCUCACAGGGGAUGGUGUAGAUGGAUUUCCAUCCCAUGGGAACACUGGAGACAAGCUACUUCUGACACAGGAUUGUGUAGAAGAGUUAACAAGACACGAGGAUUGUGUAAAUAGGUUGCCCCUUUCUGAGGAGGGCUGGAGGAACCGGGGGUGGGCCGACGGUCGGCCCGGCCAGGUGCAGCCCUCCCUCGGGAACCAGGUGUGGCCCAGCUCCAGACCGAAGAGGGGGGAGGGGCCGGCCGGCCGGGCCAGGUGCAGCCCUCCCUCGGGAACCAGGUGUGGCUCCGCCCCAGACCCGCGCAGACUCGGGCUGGGCCGGUAGUGUGGCGGCUACUCGAUGUGGCAAUCCGGGUGUGUGUGCGGGCUAGUCCAGGGGCCUUCGCUCCCGCAGAUGGCCCAGCGGGGCCCAGCCCGAGAACACCGUCCCCCUGGGGGGCGGUCUCUGCCAAAGCUACCCCGGGCGGACUCCUUGGAGAAAGCGGCCAGGCCGGGCAUGGCCGCUGUUUGGCAGCAGGUGCUGGCUGUGGAUGCAAGCAUUAUUACCCCCCUCAGGUACAACGCAUACCGCACACCCACCUUCCCACAGUUCCGGACACAAUACAUCCGGCGCAGAAGCCAGCUGCUGAGAGAAAAUGCCAAAGCAGGGCAUGAGCCUGCCGUUCGAAGGCAGUACCUAAAACUGAGGGCCCAGCUGUUGGGGCAGCGCUAUGGGCCUCUGUCGGAGCCAGGGAGCUUCCGGGCCUACAGCAACAGUGUUGUCCGAAGCAGUCGAACCACACUGGAUCGGAUGGAGGACUUUGAUGAGGACCCCCGGUCUCUGGGGGCCCGAGGGCACCGCCGCUCCAUCAGCCGUGGAUCCUAUCAGUUGCAGGCCCAGAUGAAUCGGGUCAUCUAUGAUGAGCGGACCCCAGGCAGUGUCGUACCCACAUCAGUGGCAGAGGCCAGCCGGGCCAUGGCUGGGGACACUUCACUGAGUGAAAACUAUGCUUUUGCUGGGAUGUACCACGUCUUUGACCAGCAUGUGGAUGAGGCUGUUCCCAAGGUCCAGUUUGCCAAUGAUGACCGCCACCUGCUAGCCUGUUGCUCCCUGGAUGGCAGCAUCUCUGUGUGCCAGCUGGUACCUGCCCCCCCUGUGGUCCUGCGUGUGCUCCGUGGGCACUCACGUGGCGUGUCUGACUUUGCCUGGUCCCUGUCCAAUGAUGUCCUUGUGUCCACUUCGCUGGAUGCCACCAUGCGCAUCUGGGCCACUGAGGAUGGCCGCUGCAUCCGGGAGAUCCCUGACCCAGAUGGGGCUGAACUGCUUUGCUGUACCUUCCAGCCAGUCAACAAUAAUCUCACUGUGGUGGGCAACGGGAAGCAUAAUGUGCACGUCAUGAACAUCUCCACGGGCAAGAAAGUGAAGGGCGGCUCCAGCAAGCUGACCGGCCGUGUGCUGGCCCUGUCCUUUGAUUCACCUGGACACAUCUUAUGGGCCGGGGAUGAUCGCGGCAGCGUCUUCUCCUUCCUUUUUGACAUGGCUACAGGGAAGCUGACCAAAGCCAAGCGGUUGGUGGUACACGAGGGCAGCUCCAUCACUAGUAUCAGCGCACGUUCCUGGAUCAGCCGGGAAGCCCGUGACCCCUCUCUGCUCAUCAAUGCCUGCAUCAACAAACUACUCCUGUACCGAGUGGUGGAUAACGAGGGCACUCUGCAGCUGAAGAGGAGCUUCCCAAUUGAACAGAGCCUGCACCCUAUUCGAAGCAUCUUCUGUCCCCUCAUGUCCUUCCGCCAGGGGGCCUGUGUAGUCACAGGCAGUGAGGACAUGUGUGUCUAUUUUUUUGAUGUGGAACGGGCCACCAGGGCCAUCGUCAACAAACUGCAGGGCCACAGCGCUGCUGUGCUGGAUGUCAGUUUUAACUGUGAUGAGAGCCUUCUGGCCUCGAGUGAUGCUGGCGGGAUGGUCAUUGUGUGGCGACGAGAGCAAAAGUAGCCAUUGCGUGGCGACGAGAGCAAAAGUAGCCAUUGCCUACCUUGAAGGAGGGCCCAGGCCUAGGCCAGGCACACGGUCUCAGUGAACUAGGGAUGGGCACAGCAGUAGCAGUAGUGGGGAGGAGCUUUGUAAAUAAUAAAAAUCCAUGCCCGGUGA